AUGAGUAAUGAAUAUGCUUGGCGUGCUAGUGCGGGGCUACUAGCACCUCAGCUCACCUGCCAAAGCUCGCCAGGUCCAGCGGCAUCAGCGCCACCCCUUCCACCACCAACUUCACCCCCUCGGAUUGUAUCCGCCCCUCAACCACCCCCUGAGCCUAUACCGCAACCAAUCGAAGAAGAUGGUGUGCGAUUACGUCGUGCGCACACCGUCGCAGUGCGAGAUUACCUGAAGAGGGAAACUCAAACCUUCUUUGGUGUCCAAAGAGACAAUGAGAGGGAACAAAGACGGCUGUGGCAUGAAAGGCGAAGAAGACAUGCGGCGCGAGCGCUCGGUGACCUUAGGCUCGACCUGCCGCCGGAUCACCAUCCUGAUGUCGACGAUAUUAGUAUGUAUGGAGCGUCUGGAGCGGCACCGAGAGAGGCGCGGGGGCAAACGCGCGAGCGGCCCGACGUACUGCCUGCGCCGGCGCCGCUCGAGCCGUCCACGCCGACACUCACCCGCCCUGGGAAAGACAGCGUGGCCCGGCUCACCCUUACUGGACUAUCCUAUGUUGUUACUGCCGUAACACGACGUUCUCGCCAGUCGACAUCUGCGCAAUGGUCCCGCUCGUUUCGAGGCAGUGCGAGCAGUCCCCACGACGAAGCAGAUGCCGACGAAGUUUUCUUCACCCCUCAAGCUUUGCCAUCACCAUUGAAUCAGCAACAUCAUGACGAAGGAGACACUCUUGAUGGAAGCAAAGGAGGUCGGUCACCACUUGGAUCGUCCAGCGUGGAGUACAGGAGGCCGGAGCGCAGCGUGCAGUGGGGCACAGGCGGCGUACGCAUUCGCACUCCUAUGCUCGAACCUUUGGCAGACAAUUCGAAUAGAAGGCAGUUUGGAAUGGGCGUGGUUGGAAGGUUUUUUAGGCGAUCUCUUCGAAAAUCAGUUACUCAUCAAGAAGAAGUGGCUCGACAGUUAGACGAGUUAACGGAUUACCGACCUUAUUUCACGUGGUGGGUGAGCACAGUGCAGACGAUGGUUUUGUUACUGUCGCUGCUUUGCUACGGCUUUGGACCAGUCGGGUUUGGAAGACAUACGCAUUCCGGGCAAGUUCUUGUGAAAAGUCUCAGCUUACAACAGGUGGAGUGGGAAGAACCGGCAUCAUUUUGGCUCGGGCCGCGGGCUGCUGAUCUCAUACAUUUAGGUGCUAAGUUUGCGCCUUGCAUGAGGCGGGACGCGAGGAUAGCGCGGGCGAUAGCGGCGUCUGCGAGAAGAGAGCGUGAUACAGCGUGUUGCAUACGAAACGAUGACUCGGGAUGUGUACAGUCUUCAAAAGCUGAUUGUUCGAUUAGAGGAUUAGUGUCAAAGAAUACAAUUUCAACAUGGAAAAAAUGGUCAUCAGGCGAGUCGGGUCCUGGAGGUCGAAUAUCAGGCUCUGUUUGUGGACUAGACCCGAAGUUUUGUGAAGCACCCCGAUCAAUAGCACCACACGAGUGGCCAGACGAUAUAACAAAAUGGCCAAUAUGUCGGAAGUCAGUACUAGACGGGUCGGCCGCAGCGGGUCGAGCAGGGCACGCAGCUGAGCACAUGGCCUGUGAAGUUAUAGGCCAUCCUUGCUGCAUCGGCGUGCACGGACAGUGCGUCAUAACUACCAGAGAGCAUUGUGACUUUGUUAAGGGAUACUUUCACGAAGAGGCGUCUUUGUGUUCACAAGUGUCCUGUCUUGAUGAUGUCUGCGGAAUGUUGCCUUUUAUGCGGAGACGUCGUCCGGACCAAUUGUACAGAGCUUGGACGUCACUAUUCGUGCAUGCAGGGUUACUUCAUCUGGCAGCCACGCUCGCCUUACAGUGGCUCUUUAUGAGGGAUCUAGAAAAAAUGGCUGGUCCUGUUAGAAUAGCUGUAGUUUAUUUGGGCAGUGGUAUUGCGGGUAAUAUGGCAUCUGCAAUAUUUGAGCCUUAUAGAGCAGAGGUUGGUCCGGCAGGAUCACAUUUUGGUCUAUUGGCGUGUCUAAUAGUAGAAGUUAUAGGAGCGUGGCCGCUGUUGAAGCACCCUCAACGAGCAUUACUCAAGCUAGUGGGGAUAGCAAUAGCCCUUUUCAUUUUAGGGCUCUUGCCUUGGAUUGACAAUUUCGCCCAUGUGUUCGGUUUCGUAUUUGGCUUUCUUCUCUCGUACGCGCUACUGCCGUUCAUAACAUUCGGGCCAUACGAGAGGCGGAGGAAAAUAGUGUUGGUGUGGGUGUGUCUUAUUUCGGCUGGUGCGAUGCUCUGUGCAUUGAUCGCGUUGUUCUACGCGGCACCGGCGUAUGAGUGUGCAGCGUGCGCGUACUUCACGUGUCUGCCUUUCGCACCAGACAUGUGUGCGUCGCAAGACGUGCGCGUGCGGCAGCUGGACGGCGUA